GCCAAACACCAAGGUUUUUUGAGAGAUGGACAAGAGUAUGGCAAUGGAAAGUGAUGUUGUGUUCUUAGAAGUAGUUCUUGUCAAGAGCAGAAAGCAAUCUCACAGAAGAGUUUUGAAUAUCAUUUGAAAGCUGAGAUAGAGAGAACUCAGGAAAGUUGAAAGAUUAGAAGAAGAUGCCAACAGUUUGGUUUUCUCUAAAGAGAUCCCUCCAUUGCAAAUCAGAGCCUUCGGAUGUUCAUGAUCCAAAAGCUAGGAAUCAUUUGAGUGCCAUCUUGACCAAAAAAACUGGUAGGUCCGGAUGUUCAAGGUCCAUUGCAAACCUAAAAGAUGUUAUCCAUGGGAGCAAGAGACACUUAGAAAGGCCUCCAAGUUGCAGCCCAAGAUCUAUAGGGAGUAGUGAAUUCCUAAACCCAAUAACCCAUGAAGUGAUUCUCAGCAAUUCAAGGUGUGAGCUCAAGAUAACCGGUAUUGGGGGUUUCUAUGAAGGUGGAGGCGGUGGCGGUGGCAGCGGAGACUCAACUUUUGUUGGUACCCUGAGGCCUGGGACACCUGGUCCAGGAGGGCACCUUAACAGCAGGCACUCUUACAUCUCUUCUUUUAAGAGCUCAGCUACACCUUCAAGGAAGUCUCCUAGUUUUCUAUCUGACAGAGAAUGCCCUGCAUUUGGAGGUUCUGCCUUUUCUGGUGGUAUUGGUGAUGGUGGCACUAUAUCUAGGGCUUCUCAUGGGUCGUAUAUGGUGACUUGCCAUAGAUGUGGAGAGCAGUUUGGGAAGUGGGAAUCCUUAGAAUCACAUCACCUAUCCAAGCAUGCUGUUACUGAACUUAUUGAAGGAGACUCCUCUAGAAAGAUUGUGGAGAUCAUUUGCCGUGCAAGCUGGUUAAAGUCUGAGAACAAUUGUGGGCGGAUUGAGAAGGUUUUGAAGGUCCACAACAUGCAAAAGACCCUAGCUCGAUUUGAAGAAUACAGGGAGAUGGUGAAAAACAAAGCCAGUAAACUCCCCAAGAAACACCCACGUUGCCUGGCUGAUGGGAAUGAGCUUUUGAGAUUCUAUGGUACUACUGUGACAUGUUCUCUUGGAAUAAAUGGCUCCUCUAAUCUGUGUAUUUCUGAUAAGUGCAGCGUUUGUCGGAUUAUAAGACAUGGGUUCUCCACGAAGAAAGAGAUCAAGGGAGGUAUUGGUGUUUUCACAACUUCAACAAGUGGAAGAGCUUUUGAAUCUAUUGAACUCUAUGAAGAAAACCCAUCUCUGAGGAAGGCUUUAAUAGUCUGUAGAGUGAUUGCAGGAAGGGUACAUAAGCCUUUGGAGAACAUCCAAGGACUAGCAGGCCAAACAGGGUUUGAUUCAUUGGCUGGGAAAGUUGGUCUUUAUUCAAAUAUUGAGGAGCUCUACUUACUAAGCCCUAGAGCUCUUCUCCCUUGCUUUGUGGUAAUCUGCAAGCCCUGAAA